AGUUUAUGGAAAGCUCUUUUUAUCCGAAUCCAUUAUUAUUCGGCAUUAUAUUAGAUUAGAUUAGAUACAGUGCACGCCCAUAGAUACCUUUUUUUGCGCACAAAUCUCUCCGUAUUUACAUUGAAUUCUCCCCUUUCCUCGCUUUUAUCGCUUUCAUGAUACCGUUGUGGGAAAGCCAGGGGCCGAAUUCCAAUUCUCUGUAGUUGUUGGAACUUUCUUUUUCUAAUUUUUGUUCUUCUUUAAAGGAAGGAAUGAUGGUUCAAAAGUGGGGAUAAAGGGGACGACCUGUGAGCGGAAAGCUUCUCUCUCUGCCUUGGACUUUCACCUGCCAUUGAGGCGUAGAUAGUUGAUACAACUGUUCAUGGAUGGAUGCCCUGAAAAAAGCGAUGCAGCCAGCAAUAUGGCUCGCAGAAAAGGAUGUAAUGCUACUUUCAAAGAUGUGAGCACUGAUGGAGAUCAAAGUGCUCGAUAUUGUACCCGAACAGGAUGUAGUGGAAAAGUUAAGCACAACAAUCAGAAAGCAAAAUUCAAACGCUGUGAUGACAAAGCAAAAUGCUCUAACCCAUCGUUUAGUUCAUCAAAUGGGAAGAAUGAAAUGAUUGGAAAUUCCUCCAGGAGCACUUCUGUGAUGAUCAGGACGAAAAGCUCUUUCAUCGAUUCUAAGAGAAAGUUGCCUACUCAAUCUGAACUUGAUUCAUCAGAAAGUAGUCACUCGGAUGAUUCAGAAGCUCAAGAACUUACGCCUUCACCAAGUAGGAGCCCAACUAGGCAUCAUUCUGAAUCAACAAACAAGCCUGAUGGGGUUAGCUUGCCUGAAGUUGGGACUUCCAGCAUACCAUCAAAAGCAAGAUCUCGAAGAACAUUUCAGCAUAAGCCGAAUGCCAAAAAUAUGCUCUCAGCUUCUUUCAUCCCUUCCAUUUCCGAAAGCUCUGGGUCAGUUAACAGUAGUAACAAAAGUAGGUAUGGUCUGAAGAAUCUAAAGUGCAAUUCAGAACCAGAUGCCCUGAGUCCAAAUUAUUUGUCCGAAUCAAAGUCUUCCGGGAAAUAUGCAAUGAAAAAGAAAAUUUCAGAAGGGGAGAGCAGUUUAUAUCGUAGAGGCAGGCAGACAAAUGCACCAGAAUUCACACAUAGGCACAGAAUUGGUUCCAAUAGUGGUAUCUCCAUUUCUGACUCAAAGCGCAGUACUUUUACUGCUGGGGAGAGUAGCAGUGGUGCAGCUUCUGUUAGGUCACGGAUGUCAGCAAAUGUGAAUGAGAGCAGGAUGAGGCUUUGUUACAGACAAGUUGAAAGAAAUGAAUCAACUAAUAGGGAAUCGGGUGUAAGGGAUCCUCAGUCUCCUGAUCCUGUCACACCUGUUAAUGUUGGAGGGCCAUUUUUAUCACCGCAUUUGUCUUCUAGUGGUCGUUCGAGUGCUGUAACUCCGCAAAGUCUUUCCAGCAGUAAUGGUGACAAUCCAUCUACUUUUACUGAUCUUGGCCUUACCCAUAUAAUAAAUCGGGAUGCAUUUCCAUUAUACAACAUUGACGGAAUAGCUGAGGUGUUAAUAGCACUUGGGAGGAUUGAACGGGAUGAAGAGCUGACAAAUGAGCAAGUGAUUGCCCUGGAGACGAGUUUAUUCCUCAGUGGCCUCAGUUUGUAUGACCAACACCGAGAUAUGAGAAUGGAUAUCGACAACAUGUCAUACGAGGAAUUAUUAGCUCUAGAAGAAAGGAUGGGUACAGUGAGCACAGCACUCUCGGAGGAGCAACUCCAAAUGUGCACUAGUAAAAGCGUAUAUCUGGCAAAGCCAUCAGAUGUAAGAGCUGUGGGAUUAAGUGAUGACGGAGACGACAUCAAAUGCUGCAUUUGUCAGGAGGAAUACACACUGGGGGAUGAGAUCGGGAAGCUGGGCGUGUGCCAGCACGGGUACCACUCGAUCUGUAUAAACCAGUGGCUGAAGCUGAAGAACUGGUGUCCGAUUUGCAAGGCUACUGCAGCUCCUCCUCCACCACCGCCACUGCCACUGCCACCGCUGCCUUCACCAUCUUCAUCUCAAUGAAAUAAAAAUGUUGCUUGUGAAUAUGUGUGUUUGUCUUUUGUCUUGUAGGGCUUUAGCUUUCCUUCAAAACAUUGUGCAGUGUGUAAAUAAAUAUGUUAGCGUCUACUUUACUUUGAAAGUGACUCGAUAGUUAUAGUUAGUUGUAAGUAAUUGUACGUGUCUUAGAUUUGUUGAUUGUAUUGUAUGAAGCUCCGCGGACUCCCAGCGCCAGAUGGAUCUACAAGGGGUUCACUGGGGAGAUGUUGGGGUCCCGGACCUCCUUAGUCCCAAAUAACAUUUUCUCUUCCUGUGUGGAUAUGAAUAUGUUGAAUUGCCUUC